AUGGGGAACCGAGGGAUGGAAGACCUCAUCCCCCUGGUCAACAAGCUCCAGGAUGCCUUCGCUUCCAUCGGUCAGAAUGCCGACUUGGACCUACCCCAGAUAGCUGUGGUGGGGGGACAGAGCGCCGGCAAGAGCUCAGUGCUGGAAAAUUUUGUGGGAAGGGACUUCCUGCCCCGUGGAUCAGGCAUUGUCACCAGACGCCCACUGGUCCUGCAGCUGGUAAACUCUACAACAGAAUUUGGAGAGUUUCUACACUGCAAAGGGAAGAAGUUCACCGACUUCGAAGAAAUACGUCUGGAGAUCGAGGCUGAGACAGACCGGGUUACCGGCUCCAACAAGGGGAUUUCCUCUGUCCCCAUCAACCUCCGGGUCUACUCUCCCCACGUCCUGAGUCUGACACUUGUGGACCUACCGGGGAUGACAAAAGUCCCAGUGGGGGACCAGCCACUUGACAUUGAGUUCCAGAUCCGGGAAAUGCUCAUGCAAUUCGUCACCAAAGAGAACUGCCUCAUCCUGGCUGUAUCCCCAGCCAACUCUGAUCUCGCCAACUCUGAUGCCCUCAAGAUCGCAAAGGAGGUUGACCCUCAAGGCCAACGCACCAUUGGAGUCAUCACUAAACUGGACCUCAUGGAUGAAGGAACCGAUGCACGAGAUGUGCUAGAAAACAAGUUACUUCCCCUUCGAAGAGGUUACAUCGGUGUGGUCAACAGAAGUCAGAAGGACAUUGAUGGCAAGAAGGACAUUCAGGCUGCACUGGCUGCAGAGAGGAAGUUCUUUCUCUCCCACCCAUCCUACAGACAUAUGGCUGAACGCAUGGGCACCCCCUAUCUGCAGAAAGUGUUGAACCAGCAACUGACCAAUCACAUCCGAGACACCCUGCCAGGCCUGCGAAACAAACUCCAGAGCCAGCUUCUCUCCAUUGAGAAAGAGGUGGACGAGUACAAGAACUUCCGUCCUGAUGAUCCUGCCCGGAAGACCAAAGCUCUGCUUCAGAUGGUCCAGCAGUUUGCUGUGGACUUUGAGAAACGUAUUGAAGGCUCCGGUGACCAGAUUGAUACCUACGAGCUGUCUGGAGGAGCUAGGAUCAACCGCAUCUUCCAUGAGCGGUUCCCCUUUGAACUGGUGAAGAUGGAGUUUGACGAGAAGGAGCUCCGGCGAGAGAUCAGCUACGCCAUCAAGAACAUCCAUGGUAUCAGAACCGGUCUUUUCACGCCCGACAUGGCCUUUGAGACCAUUGUGAAAAAGCAGGUGAAGAAGAUUAAAGAGCCUUGCCUGAAAUGCGUGGACAUGGUCAUUUCGGAGUUAAUCAAUACCGUUAGACAGUGCACCAAGAAGCUCAGCCAGUACCCUCACCUGCGGGAGGAGAUGGAUCGGAUUGUUACUACGCACAUUCGUGAGCGAGAGGGCAGGACCAAGGAUCAGGUCAUGCUCCUGAUAGACAUCGAGCUGGCCUACAUGAACACAAACCACGAGGAUUUCAUUGGCUUUGCCAACGCUCAACAGAGGAGCAGCCAGAUGAGCAAGAAGAAGGCAGCUGGCAACCAGGAUGAGAUCCUGGUGAUCCGAAAAGGCUGGCUCACCAUCAAUAACAUUGGGAUCAUGAAGGGCGGCGCCAAGGAAUACUGGUUUGUCCUGACAGCUGAGAACCUCUCGUGGUAUAAGGAUGAUGAGGAGAAGGAGAAGAAGUACAUGCUGCCAGUGGAUAACCUGAAGCUGCGGGAUGUUGAGAAGGGCUUCAUGUCCAGCAAGCACAUCUUUGCUCUCUUCAAUACGGAACAAAGGAACGUUUACAAAGACUAUCGGCAGCUGGAGUUGGCGUGUGAGACCCAGGAGGAGGUGGACAGCUGGAAGGCUUCCUUCCUGCGUGCAGGAGUGUACCCAGAGCGUGUUGGGGACAAGGACAAAGCAAAUGAGACAGAGGAAAAUGGAUCUGACAGUUUCAUGCACUCCAUGGACCCCCAACUGGAGAGACAAGUGGAAACAAUCAGGAACCUGGUGGACUCCUACAUGGGAAUUGUCAACAAAACCAUCCGAGACCUCAUGCCUAAGACCAUCAUGCAUCUCAUGAUAAACAAUACGAAGGAUUUUAUCCACUCGGAGUUGCUGGCAAACCUCUACUCCUGUGGAGACCAAAACAGCCUCAUGGAAGAGUCAGCGGAGCAGGCCCAGCGGCGUGAUGAGAUGCUGCGCAUGUACCAUGCCCUGAAAGAGGCACUCAGCAUCAUCGGGGAUAUUAACACCACCACUAUCAGCACCCCUACGCCCCCACCGGUGGACGACUCCUGGCUGCAGGUGCAGAACAUACCAUCUGGACGCAGGUCUCCCACGUCCAGCCCUACACCACAAAGGAGAGCUCCCGCUGUUCCACCAGCCAGGCCUGUAUCUCGAGGUCCAGCUCCUGGACCUCCUCCUGCUGGUGGACCCACCCUGGGUGGUGCUCCCCCUGUGCCCUCCAGGCCAGGUGCCUCCCCUGAUCCUUUUGGGCCCCCACCUCAAGUUCCAUCUCGGCCAAACCGUGCUCCUCCUGGUGUCCCCAGGAAGGGCCCUGCCUCACCUACUCGACCCACCAUAAUCCGACCAGCUGAACCGUCCCUCUUAGAUUUAUAA